AGCGCAAGGCGUGAAUGAUUCAUGAGCUGACGUCAAGACGCACGGCACGCUCUUCUUCAAGCGCGUGACAUCAGCACGGGUGAGGCCGGUUUGAGCGAGGAGUAGAAGACGACAUGGCGGUUAAUGUUUAUUCCACAUCAGUGACAAGUGACAAUCUGAGUCGUCAUGACAUGCUGGCAUGGAUCAACGAAUCUCUGCAACUCAACCUGACCAAGAUAGAGCAACUCUGUUCAGGUAGCAUGUUUUGUCAGUUCAUGGACAUGUUGUUUCCUGGAUCCGUCACGCUAAAGAAAGUGAAAUUCGGAGCCAAGCUUGAACACGAGUACAUCCAGAAUUUCAAAGUCCUGCAGGCCGGCUUCAAGAAAAUGGGUGUUGAUAAAAUAAUUCCAGUUGACAGAUUGGUGAAAGGAAAGUUCCAAGACAACUUUGAAUUUGUACAGUGGUUUAAAAAGUUUUUCGAUGCAAAUUACGAUGGAAAAGACUACGACCCAGUGGCUACCAGACAAGGGCAAGGACAAGAAUCAACUCCUGCUCCAGUUCUCCCAACUCCAGUCCUGAACAAACCCAAGAAACCCAUUGGAUCAACAAAUUCAGAUGAAUCCAGUGAAACCACAAGGCUUCCCAAAGCUACAGAAGACGGCAGGAAAAUGGCUAAGAUUGCUCCACAGAGGGCCGUACCAGCCCAGAGGACCCCCGCCCCUAACAAACCUGUCCAGGGGAUUGCCAGGAAACCCGCAGGUAUCGGCAACGGAGAAGAGGAGUCUGCAGAGCUGGUCCAACAGAUAAAUGUUCUUAAGAUCACCGUUGAAGAUCUAGAGAAAGAAAGAGACUUUUAUUUCGGCAAGCUAAGGAAUAUUGAGCUGAUUUGCCAAGAGAACGAGGGAGAAAGUGACCCAGUCCUCCAGAAGAUCAUAGAGAUUCUGUAUGCCACAGAUGAGGGUUUCGUUAUUCCAGAUGAAGGCGCGCCUCCUGAGGACCAGGAAGAAUAUUAAUGUGAUUCUUUUCUCCAUGCCGUCAUAUAUAUUUUUUGGGAAUUAUUAUAUAUUUUUUUUUUUUUUUUUUUGUCCAUAUGCUUAACUGUAAAAAAAGAAAAAAAAUCCCUUUUUAUUCUCGGAGGCCUGGGUCAGCUCCUCACUUUUCAGAAGUGUACUUUGCCAAAGUUUCACUCAUUUUACAGUGGCUAAACCUUGGAGAUGUCCCCCCUUUGUUUUUUUUGUAGCAAGAAAGUAUUAAACUAUCCCCCUCACCCCCAAUUUUUUUUUUUUUUUUUUUGCCGUUCCCACGGGAACGUUCAGUUAAGGACUCUUGAAGGUUUUCAGUCGCUAGCAAGCAAGAAUGUUUUAAACUUGAAAUUUUGUGAAGUGAAAAGUUUAACGGGUGACUUGUCAAGUUGUGACGUUUUGAACAAAAAAAGGAAAUUUGCUAUUAGAUAUAAUAUGGUUGACAGAUGAAAAUGCCUUAAGGAGUUUGUUAUCAUAUCUAAGCUCUUUCAGUGUAAUAAUAUGGCUUAGUAAGUGUUUGUGUCUCACUAGGUAGGUGCUCACCUCGCUGCGAGUUUUGGGGGUUGCUCUUGUGGGGUUCUUUUUUUCUUUAAUGCUUGCAUGUAGAGUGGUCCCAAUGUGCUGCUCAAGGUGUAAAGAUGCUGAGGGGAGGGGCGAGUUGGCGUGACUGCCUCUACCUCUACCUCUGUCUCCUUUUUACCUUCUCGCCUCCGACAAAAAUGGCUUCAGCCCUCCGGCAGUCAAAUGGAAAUUUAAUUGACAUUAAGUGUGAGAUUUUACCGAGGCUCAGAGACCUACCGGAUGUCCUGCAGCCUAAUGCUCCAUCCUGUUCUUCCCAUUUUUUUUUUUUGUUUUUUUGUAAAACUUUAUUUUGCCAACAUAUAUUAUUUAAUAUCUUCCUUCUUGAUGUGUUUUUUUUUUCUAUGUAUCUGUUGUAUCCUACAGAUCACUGGGUUAUUCACUCCUGGAACGGAUGGUUUGGUGGUUAUGCAUGUAACGUACCAAGGGCCCCUGCGUCGGAAGACGUGUGCGCGCCCCUCACUGAGCCAGCCGUCAGACACUGCAGUGCUAUACUUUCUAAAUCUCUUGUGGCCUUUUUUUAAGACUCGUAUUCCCUCCUAUUUUUUUUUUUUUUUUUUCAGUUUCUUCCAAUUUUUAGUCCGACUUUUUUUUUUCUUUUCUUUCUCAACAGUUUUUUUCUACUUUUAAGCCAUUUCUAAAUAAAAACUUCUGUAUUUCAAGAGUGAAUUAA